AUGAUGGUUACUGCCUUUACGAUGUUGAUUAGUGCCCGUGAGUCUGUCUAGUUCCAACUACAGUCUAUUAGCGAUACCAUCAACGCAAUUUCUAAAUUUAUUUUGACUUUAGAAGGCGUCGGAUACUGUUUUGACAGCCCAUGCGACCAGAAGUGCCGAUUAUAUAACCAUGUGGGCGGAUGUUGUGUAAACGAGCAAUGCAGAUGUUAUGAGUAAUAAACUGUCCUCAAUUGAGAUAUUCCACUAUCAAUAAACUUAUUUAAUUAAACUUGUUCGACCCAUAAAAAAUGUCAUCUUUUUGCUUAGAGCCACACAUGACCCAAAUGAAGUUUUGGGUCAACUCUUUCUCGAAAAAUAAAAAUAUUUUCGGAUUUUUUUAUCGCAAAAGUAGGAGAAACAAAGAUGUUUGUGCAAAUAAGAACGUUGUAAGCUAAUAUUUGACUAACUUUUUUCACAGUAAGUUUUCAACUUUUUCCUUGGAUUGUUGUUGAUUUAGGUGAUCAAUUUCGAGAUGAACAAGAUUUGACACUUCAAACAAGGUGAAGCCGGUGAAAAGGUUAUGUAAGAUGAGAGACUAUUGGUCCCACUAGCUUGGAAAAUAUUCUUUUUGUUUUAUAGAAUUGUUUUUGCGAAAAAAUUUAUAUUAUUUUUUUCUUGGGUCUAAAAUUUUGAUCAGAUCAGUAAAACAUUGUGAAACACUAGACUAAUUUCCCCAAAACUCACUCUAAUUUAUUUUCUUCAAAAAUUGCAAAACGUGUUCCCUUUUGAUGGACAGCAGUUUUGAUCAGUCGACGUCACGAAUUACGUAAUUGACCUUUCUUCGACCAUUUUUAUAAUCUCGUUGGGUGCAACACAAAAAAACCCCUAAACGCCUCACGUCAGUGGUCUUGCACAACUCAGAUUGUAACAGUUAUCAAGAAACUGGGCUGGCCAUUGGUGUUUCCAUCAAUUCUCCCUUCAACGUACGAGUUUUUAUCAGGGAAUGGGCUUGUUUAACUUUGUUUUCUAAACGAGCGAAGCAUAAGACAACAAAUUGACCGAACUCGGUUUAAAAAACUGCUAUUUAAGAGGUCGGUUCUGUGAUUUUUCCACCUUCUCUUGGUCUCUGGAAGCGGGGGUGGAAGGUUUCUUCGGGUAAUUUUGGUGUAGUGUAAUAUCGGAAGUGAUGUUGGAUAAUAUACAUUUUUGAUAAAGGCGUAUUUUAAUUUUAAUUUGGGUGAAGAAAAAGUGGAUUGGAAAUUUUUUAGUUGCCUGGAAUUGUUGGGAAAGAGCAAAAAAUACGUUAUCUAAAGUAAUAUCAGAAUUGCUCAUGGAUAAUAUAUUUUGAGCGUUGUUUUACAAGGAAAGUACUUCUAUAGAGUAUGGUGUUACAGGCCGAGACAUACAGGGUGGUUCAGCUAAGUUCGCGGAUGUAAAAUGCUUAUAACUUUUUAUAGGAUUGUUCAAUUUUUAUGAUCAAUAGCUCAUUUUAUUCCUUAGUAGUUACCAUUUUGUUUAAAAGAAAGAUCAUUAAAAAUGAUCAAUCCUACGUCGAGUUAUGACCCUUCAAAGUCAAACUUGCCUUUUCACGCUUCAAUCUGAAAAUUUCCGAAAAAUCUCGAAAAUCGCUUAUAACUUUCGACCAGUCGAUAAUUGUAAAUUGUAAGUGGGCUUCAGAAGUCAUAGAAUUUUGCGUAGAAUACGAUGGAAUCAAAAAAAAUCCGAAAAUCCGAAAAAAUCCGUAAAUUUUUUUAAAAUUUACGUGAAAAAGCAUGUUUGACUUUGAAGGGUCAUAACUCGACGUAGGACUGAUCAUUUUUAAUGAUAUUUUUUUUAAACAAAAUGGUAACUACUAAGGAAUAAAAUGAGCUAUUGCCCAUAAAAAUUGAACAAUCCUAUAAAAUGUUAUAAGCAUUUUACAUCCGCGAACUUAGCUGAACCACCCUGUAUAUCAAAAAAUUGCAAAAUUUUUCUCAUUCAGAAUGUGUAAAAGUUAGCUGCUUAAUUUUGGUUUGUAAGGGUGAAAAAUCCUCUGAACUUUUCUCGCAACACCACACAAAUGCCGCUUUUUUAUAUUGGAACUACUAAUUAAGGUGUAGUAUUAAUCAAAUUUGAGAUUUUAAGGUUUGUCAGGAUGCCAGGGUUUACUUUAGCUCAAAACAAAGCUUUUGAAUUGCUAAAAUCUUGGUCAAAAAGGCAUUAGCAUGGUAUUGCGAGAAAAGUGCAGAGGAUUUUUUCACCCUUUCAAACCAAAAUUAGGCAGUUAACUUUUACAUAUUCUGAAUCAGAAAAAUUUUGCGAUUUGUUGAUAUAUGUCUCGACCUGUAACUCCAUACCCCAUAGAAGUACUUUCCUUGUAAAACAACACCGACCUCAAAAUAUAUUAUCCAUGAGCAAUUCUGAUAUUACUUCAGAUAACGUAUUUUUUGCUCUUUCCCAACAAUUCCAGGCAACUAAAAAUUUUCCAAUCCACUUUUUCUUCACCCAUAUUUAAAUUGAAAUACGCCUUUAUCAAAAAAUUAUAUCAUCCAACAUCACUUCACUUUUCUCGACAUUACACUACACCAAAAUUACCCGAAGAAACCUUCCACCCCCGCUUCCAUAGACCAAGAGAAGGCGGAAAAAUCACAGAACCGACUAGAAGUACUUUCCUUGUGAGCCAAAUAUCGAGUUGAUUUUUCCACUUAACUCCGUUUUUGUAUCUAAAUCUUUACAGACAUGCACAAGAUCCAUCGUUCUUCCUUUCUCACUCAUUCUCCUCGCCUUUUUCUUGCUCAUCGCCUCAAACAUUGGUCCCGAUCUCUCUUCAAAGUGGACGAAUCCUCAGAAAAGCAUGGUGGAGAUUUGGUCGCCAAAACGUUGAAAUCGCACGGAGUCCAGGAGGUAUUCACUCUGUGUGGAGGGCAUAUCACCCCAAUUUUGGUGGGAUGCGAGUCCUUGGGUAUCAGAGUUGUGGAUACGAGACAUGAGGUCACAACCGUUUUUGCCGCCGACGCUGUGUCGAGGCUGAGACAAGACCUUGGAGUGGCCGCUGUUACGUCGGGGCCAGGUAAGGAGUCUAGUCUUGAAUGAAUUUUAUCAACUUUUCAAACAUUUUUUUUUUUAUUUUCAAUCAAAAAAUGAUGAUUUUUCCUCAAAAAUUGCCAUGGACAAUAUAUUUUUUCCUUGACCGUCUCAUUUUCAGGUGUUACGAACACUGUAACUGCCAUGAAGAACGCGCAAAUGGCCGAAUCCGCCCUUCUUUUGCUUGGUGGAGCCGCUCCGACCACCAUGCAGCAUCGAGGAGCGCUUCAAGAUAUCGAUCAACUUUCCAUCUUCAAACCGGUUUGUAAGCAUACGGCCAGAGUCACCAGAGUGCGGGAUAUUAUUCCCACGUUGAAGGAGAGCAUCCAAAUUGCCAAAUCGGGAACUCCGGGGCCGGUCUUUGUCGAGAUCCCAAUUGAUUUGCUCUAUCCGUAUGAGCAGGCGUUCAGAGAUGCGAUUAUCAAAAGACCAGCGAAUUUGACACAGGUACGGGGAUGUAUUGUUAUGUGGGUUCGCGAUAAAUGUUGUAUAACGGCCUUUUUGGGCCCUAUUUUAGAGAUUCUUCACUGUCUUUUUUAGAAAAUUUUUUAUGAUGAUUUUUAUGAUUAUCAUGAUUUUGUGCUAACAAGGAAAGCAUUUCUAUGGAAUAUGGAGUUGCAACACCACGCAAAUGCCCCUUUGACCAAGUUUUUACCAAAUCAAAGGCUUUGUUUUCAGCUAAAGUAAACCUUGGCAUCUUGACAAGCCUUAAAAUAUCAAAUUUGAUUAAUACUACAUCUCAAUUAGUAGUUCCAAUAUAAAAAUGGGGAAUUUAUGUGGUGUUCCGAGAAAAGUUCUGAGGAUUUUUUUCACCCUUACAAACCAAAAUAAGGCAGCUAUUAUUCUGAAUCAGAAAAGUUUUGCGAUUUUUUUGAUAUAUGUCUUGACCUGUAACUCCAUACCCCAUAGAAGUACUUUCCUCGUAAAAUUUCUCAUCAGUUAAUUUUUUCUUUUCAAAUUGCGAUAUUUGCCUUUUCCAGAAGAUCUACAACGAAUAUGUGAGGGCUAGGAUCAAUUACGAGUUCCAUAAUGGCUUCACGAACCAAGAUACGACCCCACUUUCUCUUACAAUACCAACUGCCAAGAAUGGAGAGGUCAAAAAAGUGGCAGAUCUAAUCAAAAGUUCGAAGAAACCUCUCUUACUGCUGGGAAGUCAAGCUACGUUGGGCCCAGUAUCAGCCCACGAACUUCAAAAGAUAGUCAAUGUAAGAAUUCGAAAUUUUUUUUGUUAUUUUAGGCCUGUUUUUGAGUGUUUCACCGUUUAUUUUUAGGAUCUAGGGAUCCCAUGUUAUCUUGGAGGCAUGUGUAGAGGACUGCUGGGUCUGGGCUCACCCAUUCAGCUCAGGCAGAACAGAAGAGGAGCCCUGAAAGAGGCCGAUCUGGUGAUUUUAGCGGGCACUCCCGCUGAUUUCCGAUUGGAUUAUGGAAAAAUUUUGAGUCCAAACUCGAAAGUAGUGGCAAUAAAUCGAAGUGCGGACAAUUUGAAGAAGGUAAGAGAAGAUUUUUAGGCAUUAUUGGUAAUUACGAAUAAUUGGAAAAUUUGAAAUUUGAAUUUCCCGCGGUUUUUGGCAUUGUGUUUUGUGGAGUUGGACGAUUGAGGAAACCGAAAAGUAUUAUUUUUCUUCGAUGCAAGUGUCGAAAUUAGGAUAAUCGAGGGUGCUGAUUUCGAAAAUGGCAUUCGUUUUUUUUGAUCUUUACUUUUUUUCGUAAGUAGUACUGUAAAGCAGUAAUUUUUUGAUUUUUUUUCACAAAUACUCGAUUUGGAGGGUUUCGAUGGUGCUGAUUUUGAAGAUUUUUUUUAUGAUUUGAAAGCAGCACCAUCGAAAACCCCUAAAUCGAGUAUUUGUGAAAAAAAUCAAAAAAUUACUACUUUACAGUACUACUUACGAAAAAAGCAACUAUCAAAAAAGUGAAUGUCAUUUUCGAAAUCAGCACCCUCGAUUAUCCCAAUUUCCGCACUUGCAUCGAAGAAAAAUAAUACUUUUCGGUUUCGCCGAACUUUUCCCCAAUUGUUCCGUCUUUUGUGAUGGUUUCGAGCUUUGAAGUGACUGUUUUUUGGCAAUCAAGAGAUGAAGUCAUGUAAUACUGAGAAAGAAGAAGUAUUUGUCCCAUAUUUUAAAAAUGAAGUUUAAAAAAAUUUAUAUUUUUUUCAGAAUCACGGAAUAUAUUGGAACUCGGAAGCUCGCCUUCAAGCUGACGUCGCAUCAACCCUAAAAGACCUUCGAAAUCGGCUAACAAGCAGUUUGGAGGCAAAAAAGAACGAUUGGUCGGGGUGGUUGCACAUUUUGAAAGAAGUCGAGGAGAAAGUUGAAUCCAAAAAUGCCCAUAAAGCUGAUCAACCCGGCAUUGGGCAGGGCGUAAAUCCGCUGAAAUUGCUCAAGGAAUUUGAUAAGGUAAGAGGUUUUAUUGGGAGAUUGGUUUGAAAAAUACAGUGGGGAAGCUGAUCCAGUGGAAAAACGUGCCAUUUUGCAUCCGGGAAGAAUCAAAAAUGUGGCAAAAUGCUUCCCUCUCGAAGUGAAAAAACUUCUUUUUGAAGGGCUCCCUCACAAAAAUAGGGGACGCGAUUUUGAAAUCCGAGUUUUUUCUCUUGAAGAGUGAAGCAUUUUGCCACAUUUCUGAUACUUCCCGGAUGCAAAAUGACACGCUUUUUGCCACUGGAUCAGGCCCCCCACUGUAUAUUUGAAGAGCUUUUCCAUCGUCCAAUUUUGUUAUGGAGAAUAUAAAAACUUGGAUUUUCAGGUCCUUCCUGACGAUGCGAUCCUAAUCGCCGAUGGUGGGGACUUUGUGGCGACUUCAUCUUAUAUUAUCAGACCACGAGGCCCCCUCCAAUGGCUGGACCCCGGACAGUUUGGCACCCUCGGUGUUGGUGGUGGAUUUGCUUUGGGCGCCAAAACGGUCUUCCCAAACAAACCCGUCUUCAUCAUAUAUGGAGAUGGCUCCACCGGCUACUCAUUAAUGGAAUUUGACAGUUUUGCCAGGCAAAAUUUGCCAGUUACCGCACUUGUUGGCAAUGAUGCUUGCUGGACUCAGAUUGCCAGAGCGCAGGUCCCACAGUUUAAUACGGAUGUGGCAUGUGGUUUGAAAGUGAGUUUAGAGGGGAUGACGUCUUUUGCAUACGUUAGAAUAUGGGGCUUUUUACGUUUGAAAUGUUUGAAUUUCCCGCCAAAAUUUGAAAUUCUUGGCAUUGUGUUUUAGGUGGUUAGAAAAGUCAGAUUCGUAAAUCUAAGCUAUUUUUUAUGUCAGCAGUCUUUAAUUACUCCAAAAUUUUUUUAUUUCAUAGCUGAGUUUUAGCUUACUCACUACGAAGACACAGUAAAAUCGUUGGGCGCCGACGGAUUUUUCAUCGACAAAUCCAAUGAAAGUAGCAUUGGAGAGGUCGCCAAAAAAGCCAUUGAAUCCCAAAGAAAUGGAAGACCAAGCCUGGUGAAUGUCCACAUAUCAAAAACUGAUUUUAGGGAUAAUAGUAUUAGCGUGUAG